GGACCCCAUCAGCCGUUCUUCCCCCAGACCAGACACAUCUCACCUCAAGAAUUACUACUACUAUUACUGCAACACCUACUCUUUUUUAUUGGUCAACCAAUUGAGGCAUUCAAAUUACUAGCCUUGUUCCAUUACAACUCGAGAUCUAUCAUUAAAUAAAGUAAAAAGAAAGGAACAAUGUCCGCCGCUACCAUUCCUCCUCCCGCCGCCGAGCAAGACUACAAGGAGACUUUGCUUCCCUUGUUGAUGAAGAACAAUGUUCUCUCAUUUGGUUCCUUUGUCCUUAAGUCUGGUCGGGAAUCUCCAUACUUCUUCACCUCUUCCCUCCUCCAUACCGCGCCCCUACUCCGUGCCACCUCCGCGGCCUAUGCCAGCGUCUUGUCUACCCCGCCAUUUGUGACCGCUAAAGCCGACGGUACUACGACUCCUAACUUCGAUAUCAUCUUCGGCCCUGCGUAUAAGGGCAUCCCGGUCUGCGCCUCCGUCUUGAACGAAUUGGCCGUGCGGGACUCUCUCUCCGCCUCUGCUCAGGGAACUUGGGACAACGUCAGCUACUCGUUCAACCGCAAAGAAGCCAAGGACCACGGCGAAGGUGGAAACAUUGUCGGUGCUCCGCUCAAGGGCAAGCGUGUGGUUAUUGUCGACGACGUCAUCACCGCUGGAACCGCCCUCCGCGAGGCAGUGAGCAUCAUUCAGAAGGAAGGCGGAAUUGUUACAGGCGUCGUUGUCCUGCUAGAUCGUGAGGAAAGGGUCAGCGACGCCGAGCCGAAGAGCGCUAUCGGUGUUGCACAGAGGUCUCUUGGUGGAGACAUUCCCAUUCGUGCCGUGAUCGGUCUUCACGAUUUGAUCGAGAAGCUGGGUGAUAAGAUCGGAGAGUCCGAGAUUCAGCGUUUAAAGGACUACCGUGCUCGCUACGGAGCGGAGUAAAUCCGGUGCUCUAGCAGUAUAAGAUAAAAAUAGACGACGAAAUGAUUAUAAAUGUCUCGUAAAUACACCGCUUUGGGGCUCAUCCUUUGCCGGUUCUCUAAUGUAUUCUAAAGCCUGGUCAAGAGAGAUGUCCAUUGCGUUCUUGUCUUCUUUGGGUUUUCCUUCUAGCUGAUGCAAUAAUGUUGGUUUAUAAUUUGACC